AAGGCGCAUGUUUGUCGUACGGCUUCCGGCUGCUCUCGGCCCUCGCGUGGAGCUGUAGUUCACAGCUAUGGCGCCACGCGUGACCCGUCGCCAGACCCUGGAACGGUGUCUGAGGGAAGUCAAGAAAGCCACCAGCCGACCCGAGCGUUUCCUCACGAUUCAAAAUGGACUGGCAUCAAACUUCACCUCUUUAACAAAAGUUCUCUAUGAUUUUAAUAAAAUCUUAGAGAACGGCCGAAUCUCUGGAAGUCCUUUACGGAAACUUGAGAUAAACAGUUUUGAUGAUGAGCAGAUUUGGCAACAACUAGAACUGCAAAACGAACCAGUCUUAGAAUACUUCCAGAAUGCAGUUAGUGAGACAAUCGAGGAUGAAGACCUCAGCCUUCUUCCAGAGGGAGACGACCAGGAGGGUGACGCCCAGGAGGGUGAGGAGGGUGACAACCAGGAGGGUGACGCCCAGGAGGGUGAGGAGGGUGACGCCCAGGAGGGCGAGGAGGCUGACGCCCAGGACCUGGAGACUGAUGUGGAGGAGGAGCAGCUGUCAGACUUGGGUGCUGAUGUUCCUGCAGCGGGGGAGAGAGCCCAAAGCAGAUCCAACCCAAGGGAAAGUCCCAUUUUCAGUGAUGAGGAUUCCGACCUGGACUUUGAUAUUAGCAAACUGGAACAGCAGACCAAGAUGCAAAUCAAACCAUCCGGAAAACCAAGAGAAAAGUCUGUAGUGGAUGAUAAAUUCUUCAAACUGUCUGAAAUGGAAAACUUUUUAGAAAAAGUAGAAAAACAAGAGGAAAGGAGAGCUGAUGGCGAAGAGGAGGAGGAAGAUAUUGACUUUUUUGAAGACAUUGAUUCAGAUGAAGAUGAGGGAGGUCUGUUUGGACAUCAGAAGAUUAAGUCAAAUAAAAGUUCCAGAAAUCUGAAAUACAAAGAUUUCUUCGAUCCAGUUGAAAGUGAUGAUGACAUUGCCAGUGUUGUUGGUGAUGACCUGGGUUCAAACAAGGAGGAAGGAUUUGCCGAGGAUGCAGAGGAAAGCCUUUCAGAAACGGAUGAAGAUAGUGACUUGGAAGAAGGUGAUGAUAGUGAGCAACAUAAAGAAGGCUUGAAAAGAGUGACCUUUGCUUUGCCAGAGGAUGAGGCUGAAGAUACGAGUCCCUUAGCUGUAAAGCAAGACUCUGAUGAAGUCAAAUCCUCUUUUGAAAAGAGACAGGAGAAGAUGAAUGAGAAAAUCGCAUCUUUGGAAAAAGAGUUGUUGGAAAAAAAGCCCUGGCAGCUACAAGGGGAAGUGACAGCGCAGAAGCGGCCAGAGAACAGCCUGCUGGAAGAGACGCUCCACUUCGACCAUGCUGUCAGGAUGGCCCCUGUAAUCACAGAGGAAACCACCCUCCAUCUAGAAGAUAUCAUUAAACAGAGGAUACGAGAUCAGGCUUGGGAUGAUGUAGAACGAAAAGAAAAACCCAAAGAGGAUGCGUAUGAAUAUAAAAAGCGUCUGACGUUAGACCAUGAGAAGAGUAAGCUGAGCCUUGCUGAGAUUUAUGAACAGGAGUACAUCAAACUAAACCAGCAAAAAACUGAAGAAGAAGAUAAUCCAGAGCAUGUAGAAAUUCAGAAGAUGAUGGAUUCUCUCUUCCUAAAAUUGGAUGCCUUAUCAAACUUCCACUUCAUCCCCAAACCGCCUGUUCCUGAAAUUAAAGUAGUGUCGAAUCUGCCAGCCAUAACCAUGGAGGAAGUAGCCCCAGUGAGCGUUAGUGAUGCAACCCUCCUGGCCCCAGAGGAAAUCAAGGAGAAAAAUAAAGCUGGAGAUCUAAAGACAGCUGCUGAGAAAACAGCUACAGACAAGAAACGAGAACGGAGGAAAAAGAAAUAUCAGAAGCGUUUGAAAAUAAAGGAGAAGGAAAAGCGAAGAAAAUUGCUUGAAAAGAGGAACCCAGAGCAGCCUGGAAAGACCAGCAGAGCAGCAGCUAAGGAGAAGCUGAAACAGUUGACCAAAACAGGCAAAGUGUCCUUGUUAAAGGAUGAACGAAAAGACAAGCCCUUAAAGUCGUCUCAGGCGUUCUUUUCUAAAUUGCAAGAUCAAGUAAAAAUGCAGAUUAAUGAUGCAAAACAACCAGGAAAGAUAAAGAAGAAAAAACAGGACAUUUCUGUUCAUAAAUUAAAGCUGUAAUAUAUUUGAAUUUAAUAUAUAAAUUUGUAAGUUUCUGUCAUUAUUUUGUUUUAUAAUAAAAUUCUUGAGACCUA